AUGGAGGAGACGUGCUCAGUUUACUAUCUAGUAUUUCCCGAUCCAUCAUCAUCUUUGUACGCCAUUGUUCCAUUUUCCGUGAUAUACUUGAUUUUCUUUAUAUUGGGACUCGCUGGCAAUAUUAUACUUAUUAUUGUUACAAUGAAGAACAAAGUUUUGCAGAGCGUUCAAAACAUGUUCAUAUUAAAUCUGGCUGCUAGUGAUGUCAUAAUGUGCCUGUUAUCUCUGCCCAUUACACCGGUAACAAAUAUUUAUAAAAACUGGUACUUUGGAAAUGUUUUAUGCCAUCUUAUUCCAUGUGUUCAGGGUGUGAGCAUAUUCAUAUGCACGUUCAGCUUAGGAGCGAUUGCAGUCGAUAGGUAUAUUUUGGUCGUCAAGCCACAUACGAAACCUUUAAGUCGACGAGGAGCAUUGAUUGCAACAUUAAUUCUCUGGACAUUGUCGUUCGUUGUUACUCUUCCAUACGCCUUCAACAUGGAGAUGGUCGACUUCUCUUCACAAGGUGUCUGCGGCAAGUUCUGCACCGAACGAUGGACGACGGCAUUUGGACGGCGGCUGUACACGAUGGUGGUGAUGUUCUCGCAGUUUGCAUUACCUUUCACGUUAAUGGCUUUUUGCUAUGCACAUAUUUUCGUGGUUCUGAAUCGAAGAGCAAAAGUAAAAUUGCGAAGAAUGGACGAGUGUUCGGUUGCACUCGAGAAGUCGUUUCCAACUCGCACACAGCAACUGAUGAAGGACACCUGCAAUGAGAUAAAUGAACCUGUGAACUCUUUUCUGGAUAAACAAGAGAAAGAACGGCAACGUCUUACUCAGCAAAAUCGCAGAACAACAUACAUUCUCGUCGCUAUGGUGGUGUGGUUUGGAUUAACAUGGCUGCCUCAUAACGUUGUGUCGCUUAUCAUUGAAUACGAUGAGAGUCAGACAUUUUUUCGCCUCUUCGGACGAGAAGAGCUCGACAUCAGCUACCUCCUCAAUCUGUUCACACACUGCUUCGCAAUGUCGAACAACGUGGUAAAUCCAUUGCUUUACGCAUGGCUAAAUCCCACGUUUCAGAAACUCGUUAUUAAAACGAUAUUUGGCAAAAUGGGAAGAAGGAGGAAGCCGAAGUUAGUAUUUCGAGCUUGUUAUCUUCUCACUCACUUCUUUAGGUUUAAAAUCAUCAGAGCUGUUUUCGCUUGUUUUUUGGGGAAUCAGACCAUCCGUAUGCUAAUUACAGCUUGUGAAGACUUAUAA